AUGCCCCAGAUCAAGCACAUCGCCAUCGCCACCAACGAUGCAGAGAAAACCGCCAAGUUUUACUCCGAGGUAUUCGGGCUUCGCCAAGUUGCGGCCCUGGAAAGCGAAAACGCCAAAGGCUUCAUGCUGAGCGACGGCAACGUCAACAUGGCGAUCCUCGACUUCCAGAACGAUGCCGUGGCAGGCGAGCGCGGCAAAGAGUGGGAAGGAAUCCAUCACAUCGGCUUCGAGGUUGAGAGUCUUGAAGAGAUCGAGGCGCGCCUAGCCGCCAAUGGUUCCAGUGAGAUGGCCUCGGUCAACCAAGCCCUGCACGCCGGGAACAGCGGCCCGCGGCACCAGAACGUGGAGACGAAGUACGAGGGCCCGAACGGCGAGAUGAUCGAUGUCUCGCAGGUCGGCUGGGUCGGCACCCGCGGUUUCGACUAG